UACAGAUCCAUAUCCACUUGUUCAGUACACAAUUGGGGGGAAACGCAUGGUGACUUUAAAGAGAUAUAUUCAUGUUUGAGAAUCUGCUGGCAUGUCUGGAAGAUCUGCCAAGCUUUUGGUGAUUGUGAGUCAAGAUGAUUCAAGAAAGUUGCUUCUGCCAGAUGGAAUUCCCGAAUCAGUGGCUGAGCUCAUUGAAAAAGUGAGGGAGGCUUUUGGAUUAAAUGGUAGAUUCAGACUACAGUAUCAGGACAAAGAUUUUGGGGAUGUAUUUGUAAAUUUGACAAACACUGGAGAUCUUCAAAAUCUUGGCACUCUAAAGAUUAUCCCCUUGUCAGAUGAAGACUCAUUCACUGCUCAAACAAAUGAUGGGACCCAGUCUAAUGAUGAUGCUCUGUCCUCUGUUGGCUCUGGAGACACUGAUGAUACAAUCAUUCUUUCACUCCCUUACUCGGAAACAGUUUCUACAAGAAAUCAACAGUGGCCAAAAGAAUUUAAUAUUCCAUGCUUUUCUUAUGACACUGAACUCCAAUUAGAGAGAGGAAAUGCUCUUUUUAAGGCUAACGGAACAAGGCUGUCUGUCACUCCAAAGAUGAAGUCUGAUAUUCUGGAGAAGGUUUGUGAUGAGAUAUACAAGUAUAAAUCUUAUCCCAGCAGUGCAAACUUCUGUGAAGUUUCAGAGGCACUUAUCAAGAAACACCCUUGCUUAGCAGAAAAAGGAUCCUUCAAUGGGUGCUAUGGGUGGACACAGAGGUUCAAAAUGAAGAUGGGAAACCUACGCACACAUUUGAAAGGUCUUGGAUGCCCUGAGUAUUUGGUAAAUUCUCUGAAAACCAAAUCUUCAGACCAAGUUUUUCCAGCAAAAAAUGUUAAGCGACCUAGACGUGGUGAGGCCAAUCAUAUCCCAUCCCUUCCUGCUGGAGAGACAUCAGCAAACCUUGAAGUUGAGCGCCUGGCACUUUUAAAGGAAGGGAAGAAAAGAAACAAUGCAUUGACAAUCAGAGAAAAAAUGACAAAGACAUUUGCCAUACGCAGACAAGAGAUUGUGGAAAACCAACCUAGUGUUCAAGAACUGCAAGAAAGAUGGCCAGCACUGUUUCAACAAGAGGAGAUUAAUGCGGAAUUUUUGCGCAUCACGACCUUACCUUUACUACCGAGAUUUAUGGCUUCUUUGGACAGACAGAGCUCUCAGCUUCUCCAGGUUAUUAGGAGCAAAGGUGGAGUCCUCCGUGAAAAAACUAAGGACACUAUUCAAGUUCUGGAUCAGAGUGUGGACAUAGACAUCAGAAGAGAGUGCCUGCUGAAGUGCCUGAUCAUGUAUCUUGGUGAAGAUGCAAGCUGUCUGAUCAAAGAAUACCAGGCUGGCCAAAGGGAGGAAGCGGAGAAAGAAUUCGAAAAGACCACCAUGGCAUUUUUUGUCAUCCGUGAAGGUGAUGCUCUUAGUCGUGCACUGGACAUUUCCAUUGUUAUUGACGGUGUGGAAGUACUAAAUGAGUUGCCCUCUGUUGCAUGUGCCUGUGCCAUGAUGUUUGGACUCAUUUAUGCACUGAACUUAAAAUAUCCUGAAGGACUAAAAUAUACAUUUGAGGCUUUUCAAAAAAUAAUCAUGGAUAUAGAGAGUAAGCAGAUGAGCCGAAGGGUGCAGAACCUCUCUUCAAAGCUGCAGGAGUAAGUUUGUUUUCUUUGACCAAGCUACAAUGUUCUGCUGAUGGUAAAUUGCUUUGAAGAUGUAGGACUUUAUGAACGCUUUUAUACAAAGUUAACUAGUGUUUACUAAACCUGGUUUGUUUUAUCUUGGUUAAGAUGUGUUUUAUCUAGGGUUAAAUAGUUUACCCCAAAAUUAAAAUUUGUAUGUUGUUUACUUAUCCUUAAGCUAUUCAAGUAUUCAACUUUAAUUAAAUUUGGUUAACAGACAUAAUAGAAUUUUUAUUAUAUAUUUUUCUCCUACCAUUGGCUAAUUUGGUAAGUUUUAUUAAAAGUGCUUGGUUGUACACUGCCCAUUUUAAAGCAGUUUUUGGUGCCAAACUUGUUCUGAAGAAUUUUCUUGCAUAGUCAGUUCUAAGUGACUGUUCAUGGAAAGGUUACAUGUUUCUCUUCAAAACCAUAGCUGAUUCUUAUGGUGAAU